AUGGCUAAUGCUCGGAAAUCCAAUUUAUCCUCUCCAAAUUCUGCAACCGCCAUAAAACAACAACAAAUCUCUGCUAUGAGUCCUCGUAUUUCCCACACAUUCACACGCUUAAACCCGGAUUCAUCUUCUCACAGAAUCGUUGGAAUUUCUUGUUCCUUACUCGCUUCAGUUCAAAAUCUCAAGUCGAGAAGUCGACUGUUUCAAAUUUCCUCUUUACAUAAUCAUGUUGAUUUCUUCGAAAUUCCUUCAAUAAAUAAUCUUACAUUAUUGGCUAAUAUAUAA